AAGCAACAGUAGCCCAAAUAUUAUUCAGGUCUCUCCCAUGAAAAGUUAGAGAGAGAAACUACACGCUCUUCCCUUCAAGCAGAAGCAGAAGCAGAAGCAGAAGCUAGUAGCUACCCGAUUAUUCUCAGGCCAACUGCCGGCGAAUCCUUCACUUUCCGGUGCAGUCCCAAGUAUUUCGGUAUCAGUGAAGUGGAAGGCAAGAUGCUGGCUACUACACAUAACAGUGAAAGUGCUUUAUCCGUGGCUGGUCCUAGGCCAAUGGAGUGGUCCACUAUGCCGUAUAAUGCUCCUCAGGCCUCUGGGCCUAAUGGGCGACAGCGUACAUCAAGUUUGGAAUCUCCAAUCAUGUUGUUGACCGGCCACCAAAGUGCAGUAUAUACCAUGAAGUUCAAUCCAGAAGGAACAGUAAUUGCAUCAGGUUCACAUGAUAGAGAAAUCUUCUUGUGGAAUGUGCAUGGUGACUGCAAAAAUUUCAUGGUUUUGAAGGGUCACAAGAAUGCAGUCCUUGAUCUUCAUUGGACCACUGAUGGAACCCAGUUAGUUUCAGCAAGUCCUGAUAAGACAGUUAGAGCAUGGGAUGCCGAAACAGGGAAACAGAUUAAAAAGAUGGCCGAGCAUUCUUCAUUUGUUAAUUCAUGCUGUCCUGCUCGGAGGGGCCCACCUCUUGUUGUUAGCGGGUCGGAUGAUGGAACUGCAAAGCUUUGGGAUAUGCGUCACAGGGGUGCCAUUCAGACCUUUCCAGACAAAUACCAAAUAACUGCUGUAGCUUUUUCUGAUGCAUCAGAUAAAAUCUACACGGGUGGGAUAGACAACGAUGUUAAAGUGUGGGAUAUUCGCAAAAAUGAAGUGACCAUGACCCUCCAAGGCCACACGGAUAUGAUCACCGGGAUGUCUUUGAGUGCUGAUGGAUCUUAUCUUCUCACCAAUGGUAUGGACUGUAAGCUCUGCGUAUGGGAUAUGCGUCCCUAUGCUCCUCAAAAUCGUUGUGUGAAGGUUCUAGAAGGUCACCAGCAUAACUUUGAAAAGACCUUGUUGAAAUGUGCUUGGUCUCCUGAUGGUAGCAAAGUCACUUCUGGAAGUGCAGACCGGAUGGUUUAUAUAUGGGAUACAACUAGUCGUCGCAUUUUGUACAAGCUUCCUGGUCAUACUGGCUCUGUGAAUGAAUGUGUUUUUCACCCGAGAGAACCUAUUGUUGGAUCAUGCAGUAGUGACAAACAGAUCUACCUUGGGGAGCUGUAAACUGGUAUUUCUUGCUUAUACCAGCAAAAUCAACAUUAAUGGUGCAACUGAUUUCAUCUUUCAGGUUCAUUUAUCCAUGGUACUGACAGGACUAGUUGGGUCAAUUUUACAUAAGCAGGAAACUUGAUGCUUGUGUAGAAAAAUUAUGUGAUGCUUCAGAUUAAGUUGAAUUGGGAAUCCUGCUGUUUUUUUUUCCAUAUGUAUGCAAUGACUUGUGUAGUUUUUCACUGAGAUAGUGAAUAGGAUGAGAAGCUUUUCACUGAUUUUGGGUGCUACCAAGUACUCCGUACCAAUGAAGAAAGUUUAGCAAAAUUCCAACGUAUGCAAUUGUCAUUGUUUAUUUAGAUUGAAAUUGUGCACUCUUUAUUUGCAA